UGCGUGCUAUGUGUCGAUCAGUAAGGGUGUUUGUUCUUCAAUAUCAACUUUGGUUAUUGUGUGCAAAUUUCAUUUGUUACUAUAUUAUAAUAAAAUAGAGUGUUUCAAAAUGGCUCACUAUAUAAAUCCUGCAUUUUGUCAGAAAAGUGAAUUUUCACAACUGAAGGUUCCUGCAACAUCAAUUGAUAUAAACGAUGUAAAAAUACAACAAAAUCAAUUUAUUCAAACAUCAUCAAGGGGUAAAUGGACAGCUCAACAAACUAUACAACAUAGAGAAUCUAAGUACCGGACAGAACAAAACCAGAAAAAAACCAUUUAUUCCGAUAUUAUUCCAAAUUACGAGAUGGAUUCAAUCAAAUAUCAGAAAAAUACAGGUAUGCGAUUCAACUCAAAUGGUUAUGCAUUAGUUCCUCUAGAAGAACUCUCCAGCAAUAAUAAGGAUCGUUAUUGCAUAUUACGCAACGGCUCGUUGAGGCUAACCAAAAGUCAUGAUAAUUUGGACUUGAUUCCGCCUGAGCUGGUACAAGAAGAAGAAGAUAGCUUCACCAGUUUACCAGCUUUCACACCACAAGAAAAUAGCCGAAAACUGAUGUCAGCUUUCUCAUCGGACUUUAUAAACAAAUCGGUAAUUUUGGUUGAUCAAAACAGUAUGCAACGGUAUACAAUCGUUCCAACUGACGACGACGAAGACGUAGUGGAUUCAAAUCAUGAAAUUAUUGAAAUGCAUAAUGGUCGUGUGCAUAGAUAUGCUGUAAUUCCCACAGAUGAUGAUAUGGAAACUUCAGUGUGUAUUAUCGAACCUGAAGUCACUUCAGGCACCAUAAAAGCAGACUUAUCUAUGAAAAUGGGUGGUACCGAUGGAUCUGCAUGGUGUGGUCCAUUCAAAUUGAAAAAUGAAACACAUUCGUUGCAGCCAGAACAUAAACCAAAGUUAACAAACGGAAAAUUUGACGAUAAACAUUCCAUUCAAUCGAGAAUGAACAGUCAAUCAUAUAAGAAGUCACACCAACAAACUAUCAACUAUGAUGAAUCGAAUUAUAUCCCUGGAACUCCUACGAAAAAUCCAAUCGCCACACAGAAAUUACACAAAUUACUAUCUACUCCACGUAAAGCUGGACAAGAGAUCCUCCAACGUCAAGGAAGCUACCAAACUAUUAUUCAAAGAUCUCCAGAUCAAUUUCAGCUGCAAAAUCCAUAUGCCACGCAAGAACAGUCGGGAUUUACACCACAAAAACUAGUGUAUGAGGAUAAAAAAACGCUUGAUCAAAAUAUUGACCAUAGAACAACAGCCAUAAUUUCACCACGACUUAAUCAGCAAGUAAUUUAUAAUAACACAACGCUAGGCGGAGUUGAAAAACCUUGGACACACGAAAGUUUCCAAAAAGUCGAAAGUGCUACAGCUACGAUUGGAGCUAUUUCACUGAUGUUAAUUCUCACGGGGAUUUUGAAUUCGGGACUUUGCUUAUACAUGAUUACCGACAUGCGGAGAUCAUAUUAUUUAGAUUUGGGUGUAAUAUCAGGUUUUGCAGCUGCAUCCCUUGGAUUUAUGGGCUUUCGAUCACGGCAGUGUUACUGGCUACCAAACCGAAAUUUCAUUUCUGGCUAUGUUCUGGUAACCGUGUUCUCGCUGCUGAACUGUUGUGGACUACUAGUAUUGCUGGGAUUAAAUCCUUUUCCAGGAACACCAUUCCACGAUUUAACAACUGGAGUCAUCCUUGCGCUUUCAUCAUUGAUAUUAUUGAUAAUUAGUUUGGGAGCUAUUACAUCUAAAUUGUGCUCUGGAGUACCGUCAGACAAUCGAGUAGAUGUUUUUUAGAAAAGAAAUGGGUCAUAAAUUUCUGCUGUUGAAAUAAAUGAAAGAAUUGAGAGAGGCAUGCAUGAUGUGUUGAAAAAGGUUAAUGGGCGUGAAUCAAUUUGUACUGUCAGUUAAUCUGUGCUGCAUCGAACGAACCACAUUAUUUAUUUUGAAUUGAUUAUGGUUACAGUAUUGUUUACUAUUCAUUUUAGUAUCAAAUAAAUGGACAACGACAACAAAAAACCUACAUAAUAUAUUUGUACUAUUAAGUAA